CUAGCGGAAAUUUCAUGACAAUUAGGAAAAUGUAGGCUCUGCACUUAACCUUUGGUUUAAAUAUUAUUAUUUUUUUCCCCAACUAAAUGCAUGUAUAAUAACAAUUGGGAAGAGCGGAUCAGAAGCAACGUUUAUUGACCGCUCUAGAAGCCUCCAUGGAUGCAAAUGUCAUGACACUUGAAUACGCUUAUUUUGGCUUUACCGAUACCUAUAGUUAUGAUCUUCGUCGAGAUACUACUUGUUCAAAUGAUGCCGUGGUCAAUAGAGGCGUGGAUUAUUGGAUGACAGGCAUUCAAGAUUUUUCCACUCUACGGAAAUUGGUGGACAGAGGAGCCAACAUAGCCAAUCUCCUAAAGAUACGACUAACGAAUCGGAAAACAAAGCAGCAAGCAAGUAUGUCAUUCUUUGAUCUGCUUCGUCCCAACGUUGCUUCCAAAGACAAGAAUGUGGAAACUGACAGUAACCAUAUUCGACAAGAAGACAGCUCAAUGGAUGCCACUUUUCAUCAACUAAGAGUCUUGGUGAAUAGGUUGCUGGGAGCCAAAAGUGAGGCACAAGAGAAUAAGUAUCGUGGUAGUAUCGCACCUUGGGAUCCUUUCUCAGAAUCUACCACUGGACUCUACGUAUUGACCGAUCUGCUGACCCAUUUUCUUUGUGGGCAUCAUCCACUGGCUGUAUUCUGUUAUUUGAAUGAAUGCUUACGACAGCAUAGGCGAGAAACGACGUUUGCUUUGGAUUUUGUCAGUUCAUUGAGACAAUUACAAACCAUAUCCCUCAAGAAUCCACUUAUUUUUCAUCAUCACCCAAGAGAUCUUGAUGACAACAACUACAAAGCUGGGCAAUGGAUUCGGCAGCGUGAAAAGUUGGAAAAGGUAGCCAGCCCCCCUCCCCCCCCACUUUCAUUGGAAACAAUAAACGCACACCGUUCAUGGUUUCUGUUUAUAUACUACUCAAUUUUAGAUAGUCGCUGAUAAAGAGAAUGCAAUAAAAGAAUGGCAACAAAAAUGUGCUCAACUGGAAAGUGAUUUGAAAAAUGUGGAAUCCAAGCUUGAA